AGAGUCGUGGGAGGGUUCGAGUUCAGCUGUUACCAUGGAACUUUCAGAACCUGUUGUAGAAAAUGGAGAGGUGGAGAUGGCCCUGGAAGAAUCGUGGGAGCUUAAAGAAGUAAGUGAAGCAAAGCCUGAGGGUUCUUUGGGAGAUGCAGGGCCCCCAGAAGAAAGUGUCAAGGAAGUGAUGGAGGAGAAAGAGGAAAUAAGGAAAUCCAAAUCUGUGGUCAUACCAUCAGGUGCUCCUAAGAAAGAACACGUAAAUGUGGUGUUCAUUGGGCAUGUAGAUGCCGGCAAGUCAACCAUUGGAGGACAAAUAAUGUUUUUGACAGGCAUGGUUGACAGAAGGACACUUGAGAAAUACGAACGAGAGGCUAAGGAGAAGAAUAGAGAGACCUGGUACUUGUCCUGGGCCUUAGAUACAAACCAGGAAGAACGAGACAAGGGUAAAACAGUGGAAGUGGGCCGUGCAUAUUUUGAAACAGAAAAGAAGCAUUUCACAAUCUUAGAUGCCCCUGGCCACAAGAGUUUUGUUCCCAAUAUGAUUGGUGGUGCUUCUCAAGCUGAUUUAGCUGUGCUGGUGAUCUCUGCCAGGAAAGGAGAAUUUGAAACUGGAUUUGAAAAAGGUGGACAGACAAGAGAGCAUGCAAUGUUGGCCAAAACAGCAGGGGUGAAAUACUUGAUAGUGCUUAUUAAUAAGAUGGACGAUCCCACAGUAGAUUGGAGCAGUGAGCGCUAUGAAGAAUGUAAAGAAAAACUGAUGCCCUUUUUGAAAAAAGUUGGCUUCAGUCCAAAAAAGGACAUUCACUUUAUGCCCUGCUCAGGACUGACUGGAGCAAAUAUUAAAGAGCAAUCUGAUUUCUGUCCAUGGUACAACGGAUUACCAUUUAUUCCGUAUUUGGAUAGUUUGCCAAACUUCAACAGAUCAAUUGAUGGGCCAAUUAGGUUGCCAAUUGUGGAUAAGUACAAGGAUAUGGGCACUGUGGUCCUAGGAAAGCUGGAAUCAGGAUCCAUUUUUAAAGGCCAGCAGCUUGUGAUGAUGCCAAACAAGCACAGUGUGGAAGUUCUAGGAAUAGUUUCUGAUGAUGCCGAGACUGAUUUUGUAGCUCCAGGUGAAAACCUCAAAAUCAGACUGAAAGGAAUUGAAGAGGAAGAGAUUCUUCCGGGCUUCAUACUUUGCGAACCCAGUAAUCUUUGCCAUUCUGGACGCACAUUUGAUGUUCAGAUAGUGAUCAUUGAGCACAAGUCUAUCAUCUGCCCAGGUUAUAAUGCGGUGCUUCACAUUCAUACUUGUAUAGAGGAGGUUGAGAUAACAGCCUUGAUCUCCUUGAUAGACAAAAAGUCAGGAGAAAAAAGCAAGACACGGCCCCGCUUUGUGAAGCAAGAUCAAGUGUGCAUUGCCCGGUUAAGGACAGCAGGAACUAUCUGCCUGGAGACAUUUAAAGAUUUUCCUCAGAUGGGUCGUUUUACUUUAAGAGAUGAGGGU